AUGUGUGUCAAGUACAUCAACGGUGGCCUUCUGGUCAACAAGACCGGUUUGUACUUCGUUUACUCCCGCGUGGAGUUUAUUUCACCCAUGUGCAACUCCAGAGACACUUAUACACACAUAAUGAGUCGACAGAGAAACGGACACAACCGGAUAAUCAUGGAAGAUCACCAAGAGGGGUUUUGUAUGGAGGGUAGCAAACAUCUGUGGAUGACCGGCUGUAAUGCCAAGCCAGCAGAGGGAGCCCUCACUGGCAGUCAUUUAGGCUCACUUCAGCAUCUCAGGCAGUCCGACUGGCUGUUUGUCAAUGUCUCAAACCCCAAACUGAUCAGCAAAAAUUAUCACAGCAACUAUUUUGGCCUCUUCAAGAUCAACUGAUCAUGGAGGACACUUAGGUGGUGCAUAUGAAGGACAUGAUUGUGAUUUCAGAUGAAGAGGUCGGCUGAGAUCCUCAGAGUUUCACAUUUGAUUUUGAAUGUAUCAGUUGCCUGUAGCCAUUAAAUUCUUUAGAAAUGUCAUGCAGAAGAGUUUCAGAUUGAAAGAACACUAAUACGCUUCUGUAUC